AUGAUGGUGACCGACGUUGAGGGCAGAGUGGACAGGGGCGGAGGGAAAUUACCCGAUCGAUCGACGCGACAGGCUGCAGACGGCCAGGCGCGCCAGGCGAGCGUGCCGGACCAAGGCCUGAGACCCGGUCUCACCGCAGUUCAAUCAUGGGCCAGGCCGGCCAGGCCUGCUCUAGCGCCGGGCGCGCCAAUCGUGCCUCGUGCCCUCCCUGGCUGCAGCUGGGCUGGCGCCUUGGCGUUCCUCCUGGCUGGCCAUGGCUGGGCUGGCUGGCUGGCCCAUCAAAGACUCGUUGUCGAGCCGCACGCCAUAGGGUCUCCAGACAAGGCGCUGGCCACUGGCAGGCCAUGGUGUCGCGUUCCACAACCCCAGCCCAGAGUGCAAAGCCGACCCCGAGCCGCCGUUCCCAUUCAGUCAUUAUUAACGCGCCGCAUCAUCAUCGUCCCCAAACCCAGCACCCUCACUCUCUACCUACUCACGACGAGAACGACUCGACCUCGCCUCCGCCAUCGACUCGCGCUCCUCGCUGCCCUCCUCGCCGUCGCCGUCUUCACCCUCGCUACCCUUGUCGACAUGCCGUCCUUCAGCGCACUCAAGAACAAGCUGCAGGGUGUGCUCUCCGACGAGAAGGCCCCUCCCCCCGUCCCCGGCAACAAGCCCAUGAACAACGCCCCCGGUACGCCCAUGGCUGAUGACGACUGCGAGUGUCCUCCUUCCGGCGGUGGCAGCAAGGUUCUCAAUGUCCCCAAGUACCCCGACCUGCCGUUGAUGCCGACGUCGCACGAGCCGCUCAACAACAAGGCCGUCGAGCGCCUCAAGGCUCUCUGCGACAAGGCGGUCAAGAGUGGCGAGACUUACACCAUCACCAACUCGCCCAUCACUUGCCCCGUCGGCAAGCACUACCUCUACACGCUCAAGCCGUACUGGUGGGAGACCAAGCCGGGAUGCUGGGCUAACAUUGCAGAGCAGCGCGACGGACAGAGGAACCCUCUGUGUGACAAGCCGCAGGGUCAGAAGCAGCUCCAGGCCUUUGCCCAGACGAUCUACCAGAUGGCCUACGGGUGCAAGUACGUCGGCGACCAGAGCUACAAGGACUACGCGGACAAGCUCAUCAACGUCUUCUUCCUUGACCCCGACACCCGCAUGGAUCCCGCCGUCAAGUACGCCCAGAGCAAGCCCGGUGCCGAGCCUGACGGCAACGAGCUCUUCGUCGUGGCUCCCCUUCUGGAGGGUCUGGAAAGUCUUGCCCGCAUGACCCGUGCGCGCUCGGCGGAGCAUUCCUCUUCGACGAGACACCCCAAACCAAAGUCCAAGAAUGGGCUGGACUCCCGUUGCCACGCGGUACAGCUUAACCGAGCGAGCCGCGCGGACGGGCCCAAGAUCCUGCCGUUUGGCGGCAUCCUUGCGUGCGCCCGUCUGGCACUGUCUGUGCCGUCUCAGGUGUUUGUGCCCAGAUCCACCUCUACACAAAGCUCGCCCUGUGUCGAAGGUCAAGCUGACGAACAGGACCGCUACAUGAUCCUCGUGUCGCAGGCCCUCCGUCAGGUGCCGUGCGAGAAGUACGACGGCGUCCUCCGCGACUGGUUCAAGCAGCACGCCGACUUCUUCAUGAACAGCCCGCAGGGCAAGAGCGCAUCGACGUACCCGAACAACGUCGGCAUGUGGUAUGCCGCUGGACUCGCGACGCACCUCGCAUACGCCGACCCGGCCCAGGCGACGACGUACGCUCGCCAGGCGAUGAGCCAGCAGAUGGCCCGCACGCCUUCCGAGUUCUUCGCGCACGAGCUCAAGCGCACCCGCCCGCGACACUAUGUCCUCUUCGCCCUCGAGGCCAUCUUCAUCCUCGCCGGCGAGAUCAGCGGCGACCCGUCCCAGGCCCCGCCGCCCGAAGUGUGCCAGUGGCUCGCUAGCUUGGUGCAGUACGCGCGCUCGGUCCGUCCCGGAGCCAUGGAGGCGGAGCGCGAGGCGGACAACCGAUACCAGUUUUCGUGCCGCCUGACGCGAAGUCGCAGUGACCUCAGGUCGCUAUCAGUUUACGUAACAAGAGUUAUGGAAGGUAAGACCACGUGGGCGAUCGGGCCGAUCUUUCCAGCUGACCUCGGUGUUUCGGACGUCUCUCGGAAUUAG